UCGUUUCAGAGUUGUAUUACCAAGGACGAAGAAGACGCUGUUGACGAGUUUCUCAAGGAAAACUUUGACGCCGACGAGCUGAUUGACGUACUUAACAGGUUUGACUGCAGGAAAGUCGUGACAAAAAAAAGCCUGAGAGCUUAUUCUCGAAGUGACUCAUAAAGAAACAAUAGAGAAGCCCCAGUACCUGGCUUAUGAUGCUGCAUUAUAA